CGCCGCGGGGUCCCCCCGAUGGCGGAGCGCCGGGGGGCUCGGCUCCGCGCCCCGCAGCGCCGGGACGGCACCGAGGGACCGAGCCCGAGGCGCGGCCGGGAGAGCGGCGGGCGCGCCGUGACCUGCUGCCUCUUCGGCGAGCGGCAGCCGGGAGCCCCCCGGGCCGCCCCCCCAGGCCCCGACGGCGGCGCCCCCGGCGGGUCCCCGGAGCGGCGGGGCCGCGAGGCGCGGUCGCGGCUGCUGGUGCUGGAGCAGGAGCUGAAGGCCGUCACCUACUCGCUGCUGAAGCGGCUGAAGGAGCGCUCGCUGGACAGCCUGCUGGAGGCGGUGGAGUCCCGCGGGGGCAUGCCGAGCGGCUGCGUGCUGGUGGCCCGCACCGAGGUGCGCCUGGGGGGCCAGGCGGCGCCCCCCCACCUCCUGCUGGGGAAACUCUUCCGCUGGCCCGACCUGCAGCACCCCGCCGAGCUGAAGCCCCUCUGCGAGUGCCAGAGCUUCGGCGUCGCCGACGGCCCCACCGUCUGCUGCAACCCCUACCACUUCAGCCGCCUCUGUGGGCCAGAGUCUCCACCACCUCCUUACUCUCGGCUGUCUCCUAAUGAUGAGCAAAAGCCACUGGAUCUAUCGGAUUCCACGUUGUCUUACACUGAAACAGAGGCUACAAACUCGCCCAACGUCACGCCCGGGGAGUUCUCAGUUUUAAGUUUGCCAACGGGAAAUAAAGUGCAUCUAUUUUCCAAUGUGCUUCAAGAGAGGAAUUCUGCGCUCCGCGUGAAGGUUUUCCCCCACGGCCCGUGGGCUGCAUGGAUGCUGGAACGCAGAUCAGAGAGCGCGGCCGCACAGCGUCCUUCCCUUCCCUUCCCUUCCCUUCCCUUCCCUUCCCUGGACAUCGCAACACCAAACCUCGCUGUGGGUGCGAAGCCUCCAGCCCUGCCUGGCCCCGACAUCAAAGGCAGCCCCGAAUCGCUGAGCGAGCCCCUCAGGGAAGGUGGGGAAGUCCUCGGGGAUGGCACCCCCAGCUUGCAGCACUCAUCCCUUUCAGAGACAGAGGUGUGCAACAAGUGUCCUCAAGCUCUCUGGGCUGGUGAUGAGUCCUCCGGAGCCUGCAGAUCUACAGGAGGGUCCUUGUUGGAUUUAUUACCUUGGGGCUUGCCGCAGCGGUGGCUCUGGUGGCAGCUCCUGGCAUGGAGCUGUUGGUUCCUGCGGGGGCAGGAGGGGAACGAGGAGCGGUGCCCGGAGGUUGGGCAGCACGGAGACCUCGCCGGCCUGCAGCUGAACCCAUCUGGAGCAUCAGGACUCAGCAAACACAGCCUCUGGGGCAAGAUGGAUGCGUGGAAAAAGCCCUUUAGAUCCAGGCUGCGGGGACUUUCCCGCGUGCGGAGCUCCCUCCGGUGCAGCGGGUGGCUCGGGUCGGGUCCCCGGCCCCGUGGUGUGUUUCGGGGUCCGCAGGAGCUCGUCCACAUUUUGUUGCCCGUGCACCUUCGUCUCGCCUUGCACACCCAACGUCCCGUGUGGAGCGGUGGGGAGGUGGUGCUGAACCCAUUGGCAGGAGGAGGAUGAAAUUUCGGCGGUGGCCAUGCAGCUGUGGAAGGGUUUCUAAGGCAAGCACCACCUGUUUGUAAAAAUAUCCUGCGGGUUAUGAGCUCGUAAUGCAAGCCUUUUGGGUUUUGGAAUUGAUUUCUGAGCUGGGCCAGGUUAGUAGUGUGGGGAGGGGAAAUGAAUUUCAGAAAGGGUGAGGGACUGCUGGGGAAUUCGCUGGAGAUGCGAAGAGAGAUUUGUGUGCAAGGAAAGGGCAGUUGGCGCUGCGGGCAUCCCAAGGAGGGAUCUCAGGGUCUGCAGCUCCUGUGCUGUGAGAGGACAUCACCGGCCUCCAAAAGAGCUGUCCUCCAGGAGGAAAGGUGUCGUCUGGGAUGGAAAAUGGAGAAGUGUCAGCGAUGCUCACAGGCUCAGUGGGGCAGUGGAGCUGGAAUCGGCCCCAUCACAGCCCACCAUGUGUGUUACUCCACCUGUAAGAGCAUCCUUCCUCUUCCAUCGGUCCUGCUUUAGCAGGCAGCACUUAGAAGAAUGUGGACAAUCAGAGCUGUCCCUGCUCCAGGAGAACAGAAAAAAUGGGAGCUGGCUGCCAGAGCCCUGGGAUCGUUUGUCUACGGCAACACAGCCCGCGUCUUGCACAGCCAGUGGCAGGAGGUUGGGCUCAUCGAUAUUUGGCCCCGUGCCUGCUGCGGGAUUAAAGCAGCUUUGCAGACGGUGCCUCUGCGUUCGGGCAUGCACGCAGAGCUCCCCGGGACGUGAGAAAUCGCCGUGGUGGAGCCGCUAGGAUGCUGUAAAGCCAAUGUACUGGGGUGCCCGGGGUGCUCUGGGAGCAGCGCCCCGUUGCAGAGGGAACCGAUGGCAGUGCUGGAGAUGGGGCACUCGGUGGGUGCCUGGAGGACAAAGCCCCAGAGGUGUUGUCCCUCUGCAGCAGGGACUGUUCUGCAAGGGGACAGCACGAGCAGCGUUUAGGGAGCAGCGUUGUGCUGGGGACGCUGCGUUUUGCUGCGUGUGUUGCAGAGGAGAGACUCAGUCACCUCUCCUCUUCCUCCCUUACCUGGAACCGGGCUGGCUUUCAGCAGCUAGCCGAGAUGUUUUCAGCAUAGACGUUCUUGGAGUGAGUACAACACCCAGAUAAAAUAUGUUUUUGUCUGUGGUUCAUUGAGUGGUUAUGAUGUUUGGCCUUGAAUCACAGAGUAAUCACAUCCCUCACUUCUCCAAGCACCUAAGCAUCACACUUGGAAAAAAAAAGAAAAAAAAGAAACAUCAGGAAGUAAGCAAGUUACUUAAAAGUAAAUUAGUUUAAUCUUUGUAGCCAAAACACUACAUUCUUGCACCCUAUUAGGAGUUGGAUACAGCUUUCUAGGUAGUAAAAGUCCUUUUGAUGUAACUCCGGUUGUGUCUUUUAAGCAGUGCACAUCUGAUGGCACGGCUUUGUUUGAACUCCUUCUCUGUGCGUGUUUUACUUCUUAAAUGGAUUUGCUGAAUACUGGACACAGUGUAUUGCUGACCUUUGAAAACGGUGAAUGUUUUGAAGGGGUAUUUUGGCUUCUUGGAGCGACCUGUAGAGAGAGGCUAGCAUUCAGAGUUACAGUAAUAGAUUUUUUUUUUUUUUUUUGGUGGCACUUUGAUGAAUGAGAGGUGUUUAUAGGCUUGAUUCAUAACCGAGUUACUAAGGUUUUCCACGGAAAUAACUUAUUAAAUCUGUGGCGCUUACC